GUCUUUAGCGGCGCUUUUCCAAAAAUAAAUAGAAAAGGUGAGGAUGACGCGCACCCACCCAACGGACAUCAUCCUCUCAUAAAGUCCCGCUAGUGUUGCAUUCGACAUUAUAACAAGUCGUAAAAAGGAGAAAGUUGUUACUAGAGCUAACAUAUUACGACUGAAUUUUUUUGACUGAGAACAAACAAUAACAACAUGCCUUCCGCAAUCGAUCAAAAGGGCAGCACGGUGACGUUCUCCGAACGUCCACCGUCGACAUGCAGCUCCAUUCCUUUCGCGCAAAAGCCAACGCCUAGGCCGGGUUCCGACACCGGCAGCCGGAUGGGCAGUGCUCGAACAGCUAUGCCGGUCUCGAUUAUGCGGCCGCCCGACGGAGCUUCUGCUGCGAACACAAUGAUGAGUCCGCUUCCCCCACAGGCCAUGGUGCCGGAUAGUGCACGUAGUGGUGUGACACCUUCGUCUUCUAGACUAGGAUCGUCACGUGGUGUUCCGCUUGGUGCAGCUCCUUAUGCCCAAGCAUCAGCAGCUCCGGAGAUGGUGGCUACAGUAAAUCUACAACAACUUGUUCCUACCGAUCAACAUCAGGGGAUGAUUUCUUCUGCUAGAAGUGCCGGUUCUGGAAGUGCUGCAGGACCUCAUGCAAUGAGUGGUGCUCCAGUCGCCCUUCCUCCAACGUCAGCAGAAGAUGCACCACCAGAUUCCGUUCGCAGCUCUCAAGCUGGAGGACCUAUGCCUGGCCCCGGAGCAGAACUACAAGGAGGUGCACCUUUACAACAACCUCCUACAGAACUAGAACAAGGUGGUGAACUACAACAACAGCCACAGCCACAGUUCCUGCAUGAAGAACCUCCACCAGUGUAUCAUGAAGGUCGUUAUAACGCCUACAAGGCCAAGGUGAAGAACAUGGCUGGAUGUCACUUGAGGGCGCCCUUCGCAAGCGACUUCGAUGAUAUGAAUGGUACUACUAAAACUCUUCAACAAAGUUGAAGGUGACUAGACGAGGAUUGGUAAGUUUUUGUAGAUCGAAAAAGAUCAUCAACAUCAGUAUUCAACAGAUCCUGUCCAACUACUUAUAAUUGCAUCAAGAACUAGUACUCAUUUUAUUUGCUGUUCGUAACUGCUGGAUAAAACACUGAGGCCUGCAGAGAGAUCAGCGAUACAACAACAGAGCAUUAUAAAAAGUGAACGAGUCAAUCAUCUCGGUUCCAACAACAUUACAGCACAAGACUUGCCGCCAGCUUGGGCAAUCCAAUAUCCUAACGCACAACCGCUACCUCCACUCGGCGGACCAGGAGAAAGGCCCUUGCCUACCGCGGCGGAAGGUAUUCCAUUGUUGUUGUUCCUAAACCCUAAAGCUUGAUGUUGUAAGAAGAUGUGUGUAGUGACUUCCGCUGAUCUUAAUCCCCGUCACGACGCUUAGCGUAAAGUUAGAAACACCAUGAUGCAAUUUACUCUUACACCUACCACAGCUUAUACGAAACGCGAAGCCUUCAUGGAGAACCGACAUAUCGCGGAUCACUGCAAAAUGCGCGAUCGCUAUGGAUCUAGGAUCUUCGGGUAG